AAAAAAAAACUUUAAAACGCAAAGCAAGCAGGGUGUGUGCUAACACAGCAAACGAAACGAGAAAAAUAUAAGAAAAUUGAUUGAGAACGUCAUCUAUUAUUUCAAGAACGUCAAAUAUCCGUACUGUUUUAAAUAAUAGAAAUAAAAAUACGAACAAAUUUCAAGUGAAAACGUGAAAAAAAGAUUUAGCAGCGAGCAAACAGCAUUUUAGGUGAGUUUUGACUGUGAGACUCUUCGACUCUGAGCAAGAUGGCAAAAGACUUUUACAAGAUUCUGGGCAUUGACAAGAAGGCCAAUGACGAUGAAAUCAAGAAGGCGUAUCGCAAAUUGGCACUGAAAUAUCAUCCGGACAAGAACAAGAGCCCGCAGGCGGAGGAGCGCUUCAAGGAGAUUGCCGAGGCCUACGAGGUGCUGUCGGACAAGAAGAAGCGCGACAUAUUCGACCAGUAUGGCGAGGAGGGGCUGAAGGGCGGCAUGCCCGGACCAGAUGGCAAGAGCCAGCCCGGCGGCGGCUUCGAGUAUCAGUUCCAUGGCGAUCCACGUGCCACAUUCGCCCAGUUCUUUGGCGCUGCGGAUCCGUUUGGCGUCUUCUUUGGCGGCGGCGACAACAUGUUCGGCGGCGUCGGUGGCGUGCCGGGAGGCAAUACAAACGAAGUCUUCCUGAACAUGGGCGCCGAGGAUAUGUUCGGUGGCUUCAACCCCAAUUCCGGGGCAUUCCGCUCCCAGUCAUUCAAUGCCCAGCCGCCGAGCCGGAAGCGCCAGCAGCAGCAGGAUCCGCCCAUUGAGCACGAUCUGUAUGUGACGCUGGAGGAGGUGGACAGAGGCUGCACCAAGAAGAUGAAGAUCUCGCGCAUGUCCAUGCACUCGGGCAAUGCGCGCAAGGAGGAGAAGGUGCUGAGCAUCACAGUGAAGCCGGGCUGGAAGGCGGGCACAAAGAUCACCUUCCCCAAGGAGGGCGAUCAGGCGCCCAACAAAGUGCCAGCCGACAUCAUUUUCAUCAUACGCGACAAGCCGCACGCACAGUUCAAGCGCGAGGGCAGCGAUCUGCGUUACACCGCUCAGGUCAGCCUCAAGCAGGCGCUGUGCGGCGCGGCAGUGAGCGUGCCAACGCUGCAGGGCGAACGCAUACCCGUGAAUCAGGCAAACGAAAUCAUUAAACCCACCACCACGCGACGCAUCAAUGGCCGCGGCCUGCCCUUCCCCAAGGAACCUUCGAGACGCGGCGACCUGAUAGUUGCCUUUGACAUCAAGUUCCCCGACAAACUGCCGCCCAGCCUGACCAGCCAGCUGGCGGAGAUGCUGCCAAAUUAGACGGGGAAUCGUUGAUGGGGUUAGGGCGGGACUACCAAUUCGUUAUUAAUUUAGUUAAGGUCUAAAUUUAGUUUGUAUUAUGUAAAUGUAAGAGACACUUGUAAGCCGCCCGCUUCGAUGUAGCUUGGCGCGGUAAAUAGAAUUGGAUUGUGUACGGUGUGCCAGGGCAAACCAAACAGCUGUAGAUAAAUAUUUAUGUGUAGCAGAAAGCAGAAAACAGAAAGUAGCAGGCGCUAAAUAUUUGCGAUAAGAUAAGAAAAGCAACAA